AUGUCUAGCUACCGUGGUUGGAUACGUGGAGUACCUAUAAUUGGAACAAUAAUAGUUUCAGCUUAUGGUAUUGCGUUCACGUGGGAUUACGUUAUAAAGAAGAGGGAAUUAUCAUCAGCAGUACCCAAUUUAGAUGAAGCCUAUGUCCUACAAUUUUAUAAAGGAGUUUCUGAGUCUACUGGAAAAGAGGAAUGGAAGAAUAAAAGAGUUUACAGACCAUGGGAAGAUGAAAAUAAUACUAAAUCAUAA